CUCUACGUACUCUAAGACCAAGGGGAAACCCGUUAACACUUUACUUGGAGUGUAAAGGAAGAUACCCUCUCCGCUUCUUGGGUGGAAUUUGGACAAAGUUUCUUGAUGUUUUGAUCCGUGAGAACCGGCGAGAAGACUUUAUAAAGGGGCAUUAUAGGUUAAUUCGGGUUCUGAAAAAUAGUGUAUACGCGUGUUCAUUCGCUCUUUUUAUCCCUAACCGUGUUUGAAAUGAAAUUACGAGAACGCUGAUCGCCAAGCGGAGAAUUUGAGGUAUGUCUGUGACGGACGGACCGACAAAAGGACAGACGGACGAGUGGAUGGAUGGAUGUCAAUACGUAACCUCCAUAGCGGAGCCCAGAGGAGCAGCAGCGAGCGGAGCCAGGCUGGCCCCGACGCCCAGGGAAGGGAUGUGCUCCGGCGGGCAGCUGUGUUCAGGCAGCGGGCGGCCGCCCCCGGGCUCCGCCGGCGACAACGCCCACAACUCGGGCUCCCAGUACGCGCUGUGCGCCCUGGGCGUGGGCCUGGUGGCGCUGGGCGUGGUGAUGAUCGUGUGGAGCGUGGUGCCCUCCAACGUGACGGGCAACAGCUCCAAGCCCGGCUCCGGCUCCGGCUCCGGCAACGGCAACGGCAACAUGCACGCCAAGGCCAACACCUCGUCCGUGGCCUUCGUCCUGGCCGGCGUGGGCGUGGCCAUGCUGCUGCUGUCCGUCUGCCUGGGCGUCCGGAGCAAGCGCCGCCAGCAGAGGAGGGAGACGCAGGCGGAGGACUCCCGGCUCGGGGGCCGCGCCGCCGACGGACAGGAAGUGGACACGGAGGAGGCAGCAGCCAGGUACGACGUGCCCACAUACGAGGAGGCGGUGGGGAGCGGUCAGUACCCUGUGCAGCCGGGCCCCCUGCCCUCCAGCAGCAGCGCCUCCCAGCUGCCCUCCUACGAGGACCUGGUGGACGGGGAGCAGCUGGAGGUCGCGGUUCCGGGGCCCAGCGCGGGGCCCCAGCCCCCCCAGCCCCAGGCUUCCUCCGCCGGGGCGGCCCCCGCGCCCCCCGAACCGCAGCCCAGCCGCCAGAACGGUGUCGGCCGCAUGCUCCGCCCCCUCAAGGUCCGGCGAAUCAAAUCGGAGAAGCUGCGUCUGAAGAACGUCAGUGGACCGCCCCAGGUCCCGCCCCUGAGCAUCGAGCCCCUCACCCCUCCUCCGCAGUACGAGGACCAAAUGCCCAGACUCUGAGGGCGCCCUCUGCUGGCUGGAGGAGAGAAGUGUCUCACUCUCUCUCUCUCUCUCUCUCUCUCUCUCUCUCUCUCCCUCUCUCUGAACUCUAUUGUUUGAAAACUGUUAUCUGUUACCGCCAGACUUCCUGCCUCUCAUCCAGGGGGAUGGCAGGAGCAGAGUGAAGUGGACAUGGCUCUUCAGUUUCCCAGCUCUAAGAUAAUGGACCAGAUAAUGAAUAA